CCUGUUCCCUUCUACGGCAUUGGAAGGCUUCCGUCAAUGAAACUCUACUUGUUCUUGGAGUAAAGUGCCAUGGAUCGAGACCAUGUUUGAUAAUUCAAUCCGUUGAGAGGAGGACUAACCAGAAUUGCUGCUGGAUUUUCAUUAACGUGCAGAAAUUGGAAAAAAGAUGGAAUCCAAACGCGUAUAUCUCAAGAACACGCUAGCAAGGCUACUGGACAAUUGCAGGAACAUGAAGGAACUCAAACCGAUUCAUGCCCAGAUCAUAGCAUCCCCUUUCCUGUUAACAACUGAUCGUUAUUACCUCAUUUCUCGCCUCAUUUUCUUUUGCACCGUCUCAAACUCUGGCUCUCUCAGCUAUGCCGACAGUGUUUUCCGACUCAUCUCCAACCCGAGUUUGUUUGCUUACAAUGCCAUGAUCAGAGCUCACGCUUCCAAGAACAGUGACCCCGCUUCUUUCCAAUCUUUAAUUUUGUAUAAAAGAUUGUUACUUGAUGGGUUUACACCAGAUUUUAUUACGUUGCCCUUUGUUUUGAAAGAAUGUGUUAAGAGGGCCAAUGGUGGGUUUUCCGGUCAAAGCAUCCAUUCUCAUGUUUUCAAAGCAAUACAGGUGUUUGACGAAAUGUCUCACAGAGAUAUCGUGUCAUGGAAUUCGAUGAUUGUUGGGUGUUUGCGAAACAAGCAGCUUGAUUUCGCCAUGGAUUUUUUCAGGAAAAUGACAGAGACGAAGAACAUCAUCACAUGGAAUUCAAUGAUCACAGGGUUUGUUCAGUGCGGUAAAGGAAAGGAGGCUCUGGAUUUGUUCCAUGAAAUGCAGAUUUCUAGUGAUGAUAAAACCAUCCCGGAUAAAAUCACAAUGGCUAAUGUUAUUACGGCUUGUGCAUCUCUUGGCGCUAUUGAUCACGGGGAGUGGGUUCACGGCUUCCUAAAAAGGAGCAAGAUUGAAUGUGACACUGUGAUUGCUACUGCUUUAGUGGAUAUGUAUGGGAAAUGUGGUCGCGUUGACAAAGCAUUCCAAGUUUUUAAGGAAAUCAAAAGGAAGGACGUUUUGGCGUGGACUUCCAUGAUUUCGAUCUUCGCCCUCCAUGGAAAUGCCAAAAGAGUCUUUGAGCUUUUCAAAGACAUGGAAACUGCAGGUGUAAAGCCUAACCACGUAACCUUUACUUCGUUGUUAUCUGUUUGUGCCCAUUCUGGGCUAGUUGAGAAAGGUCGUUGGGUUUUCAAUGCAAUGAAGAGUCUCUAUUCUCUAGACCCACAAGCUCAACACUAUGCUUGUUUCGUUGAUCUCUUGGGUCGGGCCGGGCUGUUCGAUGAGGCUGAAGGGCUUAUCAGAAGUAUGCCAAUGGAGCCCGAUGUGUUCGUGUGGGGAGCACUACUUGGUGGGUGUCAAAUCCAUAGGAAUUUUGAACUUGGAGAGAAGGUCGCUAAGCAUUUGAUUUCCCUGCAACCUCUGAACCAUGCUUUUUAUGUCAAUCUUUGCGAUAUUUAUGGAAAAGCAGGCAAGUUUGAUGACGCAAAGAGAGUGAGAGCUGUGAUGAAUACCAAAGGAAUAUCAAAAGAAGCUCCCGGGCUCAGCAUGAUCGAAAUUGAUGGGGUUGUUCAUGAAUUUUCUGUAAGAGGAUCUGCUGAGGUUGUUUUGCAAGAAAUAAAGCCUUUAUUGGAUGCCUUAAGUUGUCUCAACUCAUUCCUGAUAUCAUUCGAUGCUAUAGCAGUGGAGGCCGCACUAUUGUUUUCACUGAAACUAAGGAUUAUGCUUCUGAACUUGCUUCGUUGUUAUCCGAUGCUCGUCCUUUACAUGGUGAUAUUCGACAGGCCCAACGUGAGGAUUCUGAUUAGGUCAGUUCACGACCUUAGUCGCGACGAAUGUGGCUGCUUGCAGAUUGGACAUUGACGUUUUGCUUGCAAUUCAGCUGAUGUUGCCAAAAUUGUUGGCAGAGAAGCUUCUGAAGAAAUUGCGGCAACCUCUGAUAGGCGUACAUAUAUUGUGAUACCCCCAUAACUUGAUCAAUGCCUCUAAUCUCUCUGCUGUUGAACUUCUUGCAAAGGCACUCACAAAAAUUUCCAGAUAUACAAAGAUGAAGAGGAGUUCACUUCUUACUUCAAUGGAGAAUUAUGUUACUCUGCGCAUUGUUAGUGGAGUCCCUGUGUAUUCUUCUUCGCGAACACAUACAAUAACUGUGGAUGGGGAAGUGUUUCUGAGUGCUUAAAGUGGUGUCAUAAGUGGGGUUCCCCAGCAUUGCCCUUUGCCAUAUGAUUUGGGUAUAGUUCCUUGAAAGAUUUUUACCUGAAUCAAUCAAAGGAGUUGCAAUGACGGUCGAUGGAGGAGCGGUGUUUGAUGUAUGUACAGAAUGUGUGAAAAGGUUUCUAUCGAUCAAAGGUGCCUGUAUUUUGCCAUCUCUAAUAGUUUCCAUAUUUCCGUUUAGGUUUGACAUUAUUUUACUUCCUUACCCAUGAUUAUAUCAUUUUGAUAGCAAUGCACUUUUUGUUUA